AUGGCAUCCGACGGACCGCCGGGGACCGAACCUAUGCCCUCCGAUUUGGGGAGCUCUGUGGCGGCCCUCAAUACAUGGAGCAACCCGGAGCUUCAAGCCAAGCUAGGCGAGCUAGGCGCACCCAACAUGGGUAGGAAGUCGGAGCAGCAAGCUUUGAAUUGACGAAUGCGUACAUUGUGUGUAGCUUGUUGCUACAGGGGGCAUGUUAUGUAGCUAACUGUAGCGUGUUGCUAACAGGCUAGCCAUAUUUAGUUCCGCGGCAAGUUAGCUAGCUAGCUACAUAGCAGGCCUUCAUGGAAGUAAAGGAAAGUGCAAAUGAUCAGCUAGCUACCUACACAAUUAUUAUAUUAAAAGUUUAUGUUCACCACCUCUACGAGGAGGAUUUUUCUUACGAAUGUCCCUUCGUUAGCUAGCUAACUAGUCAAUUUGAUUGAUAGGUAACAGUUAAUCAAUCAAUGUGUUUUGGUUGGGUGUUUAAUAACUGAUAAGCAAAAGUGAUGUUGUCAGCAUCGGUGCAUGCGCGACUAAGUUGAAUUUAAACUUCUUAUACGAGUUGUAAUUAAGUCAUUGUUUGUUGUUGUUGUCCUAUGUUAGUUGGUUGUGCUAUGUUAGUUGUAGUGUUCAUUGUUGGUUUACAGUUAAUAUUUUUCUCUGUCCUUAGGUCCCAGAGAGGAGAUGCUGGACAGGCUCAAGGGAUACAUGAUGCAGGUCAGUUGUGGGGGUGUGUGUGUGUGUGUUGACGUGCGUGUGUGAGAGGGAGAGUGGAGUGUACUGCAUCUGUCAAUAUGAUCCAUUGAUCGUGUGUAUCUGUGUUUUUUUCUCACUCAGACUGGAAUGAUGCUCAGCAAACCCAACCUAGGGGGUGAUGAUAAACCUAUGACCCCGCAGGUCAGCACCAACAGACCCUAUAAGGUUUUUAUACGGUCUAAUCUAAUCUCAUUCUUACAUUUCAUCACUGUGAUUAUUGAGCUAUAAACUCUGCAGUAGUUCAUCAGUCUGUCAUGAAAAGGGCCAGGAGUUUUACCUUGACUGUGUGAUCUGACCAGGAAUAACUUGGGUGAGUUUUCCUGGUUAUCUCACAUGGUCCAGGAAAAAACAAUUACCGUCAUCAAAAACAACUUAACCGACAACCAGCCUUCCCUCUUCCUCCCCCAGAUGCCAGGAAUUCCCCCCAUGCCCCCAAUGCCCAUGCCCCCCAUGCCUCCUGGUAUGGGUAUGCUCCAGGCGAUGAGCAUGAUGGCAGGUGGCCCCCCUCCCCCAGGGAUGCGUAUGGGCAUGGAGCCUCCAGGCAUGCCCCCCGGCCUCUCCCAGGAGGACCAGCUGAAGAUGGUGCAGCAGAGGGCUGCCAUGAUGAUGCAGCACGAGGAGAGGGCCAAGCAGCAGGUAUGUUCUUGGCCUGUAUUCACUAAGCCUCUCGGAGUAGCAGUGCUGGUCUAGGAUCAGUCUUUUAGAUUAUAAUGACUGAAGAGCGUAUGGACAGAUAAGACCUUAUCCUAGACUCCUACUCUGAGAGGAGUAGGAUGUUGAAUUGUCAAAUACACCCCAUAGGUGCCUUGAAAUGUGUUGUUUUACAGGGUCAGCCAUAGCAGUACGUCGACCCUGGAGCAAAUUAGUGUUAAGUGCCUUGCUCAAGGGCACAUCAACAGAUUUUUCACCUUGUCGGCUAGGGUAUUCGAACCAGCAACCUGUCGGUUACUGGCCCAACGCUCUAACUGCUACGCUACGUGUCGCAGGUGUAUGGCCCCAGACCACAGGAGAAGGUUUAUAAAUUGUGCGGAAAGUAAGGAAAGUCUCCAGGCCCUAGUUGUAAGGUAGUCUGCCUUCUAUUGUAAUGGGAAGGAAGAGGGCUUCUGGUAUAGAUGUUCAGUUGGUGAUACAUAGUUUCAAAAGUUGACAUUUUGUGUGUGUGUGUGUAUUUCAGGGCGAUUCCCGUGCUAUGGAAGAGCAGGAACUUCUGGAGCAGCAGAAAAGGGUGGGGACUGGAGAAGACAGAUUUUCAUGUCUAUCUCCCAUCUUAAUGAUUCAUCGGUAGUGUUGUCACAACCAAUCCCAAAGUUAUCAUACAGCCCCUUUACCUUGCUUGGAAGUUGAAACAUAUCUCACAUCUGUCUUUCUCUCCCUCCCUCUCCUCCCUCCACUCUUCCCUCUCUCCUCCCUCCACUCUUCCCUCUCUCUUCCCUCCGUCAGGCGGCGGUGAUGCUGGAGAAUGAGAGGCAGCAGGAGCUGGCUAAGAGGCAGCAUGGAGGACCAGGGCCCAGGAUGUCUGACCCGGGGUCACGACCCCCUGGCAUGAUGCCCCCCAUGAUGAGAGGUCAGUCCUUGGCCUGCCAUCAACACUAAAAUGUCAAUCCUAACUUCCAAUACAACUUUGUCCCUCAAGGGGGAAUUGAUUUGUAUACUGCACACACUUUUUAGACAACAUACAAUGCCUUCGGAAAGUAUUCAGACCCCUUAUUCGUUUCCACAUUUUGUAAUGUUACAGCCUUAUUCUAAAAUGGAAUUAAUAAAUAUAAAUCCUCAGCAAUCUACACACAAUACCUCAUAAUGACAAAGCAAAAACUGGUUUUUAGAUUAAAAAAUAAAAAUGUAUUAAAAAUAAAAAUAGUUAAGUAUUCAGACCCUUUGAGACUCGAAAUUAAGCUCAGAUGCAUCCUGUUUCCAUUGAUCAUCCUUGAUAUGUGUUUACAACUUGGAGUCCACCUGUGGUAAAUUCAACUGAUUGGACAUGAUUUGGAAAGGCACACACCUGUCUAUAUAAGGUCCCACAGUGGACAGAGCAAAAACCAAGCCAUAAGGUCGAAGGAAUUGUCUGAAGAGCUCCGAGACAGGAUUGUGUCGAGGCACAGGUCUGGGGAAGGGUACCAAAAAAUGUCUGCAGCGUUGAAGAUCCCCAAGAAAUUUUGGAAAAUUUUGAACCCCCAAGACUCUUCCUAAAGCUGGCCGAACUGAGGAAUCGAGGGAGAAGGGCCUUGGUCAGGGAGGUGACCAAGAACCCAAUUGUCACUCUGACAGAGCUCUAGAGUUCCUCUGUGGAGAUGGAAGAAACUUCCGGAAAGACAACCAUCUCUGCAGUACUCCACCAAUCAGGCCUUUAUGGUAGCAGUGCUACCACUGCUCAAUAAAAGGCACAUGAAAUCCCGCUUGGAGUUUGCCAAAAGGCACCUAAAGACUGUCAGACCAUGAGAAACAAGAUUGAACUCUUUGGCCUGAAUGCCAAGUGUCUGGAGGAAACCUGGCACCAUCCCUACGGUGAAGCAUGGUGGUGGAAGCAUUAUGCUGUGGGGUGUUUUUCAUGGACUGGGAGACCAGUCAGGAUCGAGGGAGAGAUGAACGGAGCGAAGUGCAGAGAGAUCCUUGAUGAAAACCUGCUCCAGAGCAAGAUUCACCUUACAACAGGACAACGACCCUAAGCCCACAGCCAAGACAAUGCAGGAGUGGCUUCGGGACAAGUCUCUGAAUGUCCUUGAGUGGCCCAGCCAGAGCCCGGACUUGAACCCGAUCGGACAUCUCUGGAGAGACAUUGAAAAUAGCUGUGCAGCGACGCUCCCCAUCCAACCUGACAGAGCUUGAGAGGAUCUGCAGAGAAGAAUGGGAGAAACUCCCCAAAUACAGGUGUGCCAAGCUUGUAGCGUCAUACCCAAGAAGACUCAAGGCUGUAAUCACUGCCAAAGGUGCUUCAACAAAGUACUGAGUAAAGGGUCUGAAUAAUUAUGUAAAUGUGAUAUUUCUGUUUUUUAUUUUUUGUAAAUGUUUUUGCUUUGUCAUUAUGUGGUAUUGUGUGUAGAUUGAUGAGGGGGGGGGAAAAAACCAAUUAUCAAUUUUAGAAUAAGGCUGUAACCUAACAACGUGGAAAAGGUCAAGGGGUGUGAAUACUUUCCGAAUGCACUGUAUAUUCCCACAUAGUCACCCAUAUUGGCUUAACACAGUCACUCUCCCAAGCUAAACAUAUCCAAUGUCAUUCCUUUCAUUUUUAAGAACAGUGUGAAGGCUGUUAUGUCUGGAAAGCUGUUGUGUUGAUGGUGACACUCACCUGGUACAUUGGUGUCAGUUGAGAUCUGGGUAUUGUUGUAGGUGUGAACCCUGGUGGAAUGAACCCACCUCCUCCUGGAAUGAAUCCUGGUGGAAUGAACCCACCCCCUCCUGGAAUGAAUCCUGGUGGAAUGAACCCACCCCCUCCUGGAAUGUCCAUGAUGCAUACCCAGAGACAGAGAGUUCCCCCUCCACCCGGAGAGGACGCCAGAGAGGUAUAGAACCACAAUGUUUCCCCCACCGCUGCUAAAUCGUUGCCGCCACUCCCAAAAAUAUAAUAAAAUAUAUAUUAUAAUUUUUUGUUAGAAAAUAAUUUUUGGGAUGGUAAAAAGUUUUCAGUGUACAUUUUAAAUGACUAAAACCAGAUAUAAUGUAUGUUGAAAAGAUAGAGGAGCAAGAUCUUUUUCAACAAGAUCGUCUUUGAGAACUAAAGAUCACCAAAAUAAAAACUUCAACGUUAGGGAGAAUCUAAAAUUACAAAAAUGUCAUGGCAUGGGGCCCACAUGGAUUUUGUUAUAAUGGUUGAGUCACUCAGAUAGCAUAAGAACACAGCACAAUACAACUGCAGGAAAUUUGCUUUAAAACAAAAUAUUUGUGUCUGUGGCCAAGAGAACGGCCGCUAACAUUUUCUGUCGGAGACGGUGCCAUUGGCCACGCCCACCAACACACUAACUUUGCCAUCCAUCUAAUCUCUGUAUUCCUGGCUCUGUGUGUGUGUGGCAGGUGUGGCAGGGAGAGGAUGUGGGCGUCGGUCCUAAGAUCCCCCAGGCUCUGGAGAAGAUUCUCCAGCUGAAGGAGAUCAGGCAGGAACAGCUCGGUGCUGCCACCACAGGUCAGAACAUGAAACUACACACUGGAAGAAAGUCUGGAGUUGGAGUGCUGAUCUAGGAUCAGUUUAGAUUUUUAAGAUCAGAAUUAAUAGAUCAGAACUACUACUUUGAGACGCUUUGUGAAUAAAGGCCCAGAUGCACCAAGAAGGCAUGACUGAAACAGAAAAUACUAAACUAACUCUAUUUAGUGAACACAUUUCCUUGUAACGUUCAGUAAGUUAACAUCAACUAAACCCCUAAUGCUCAUGGUAUCAUCCCAAUGGAACUACUGCAGUCUUAGUAAUAUUUUCCUGGGUUAAGAAGCCCUGUUGGACCUUGAACUUGCCAGUGAAUGUUCUCUCUGUGUUUUCUACCUUCCAGAAGAGGAGGAGGAGAGCCCAGAGAUGGAGAUGAACAUGUCCUCCACCGCCGUCCUGUCUGAGACUGAAGAUGACGACGGUUCUCUCUCUAAGAAAGACGUGAGUGUUGUAUUAAUUCACACCUCAUCCCUCCUGCUGUCUUUGGGAGAAACUCAAUUGUGUUUACUUGAUUCCUCGUGUCCUCUCGCCGCUUCCUCGAAAGGCAUCGGAGGAUAAUGUCAGGGGAGGAACCUUGGAUAUUUUCCUCCAAUGUGUUUUAAGAAUGAUGCGAGGAGAGAGGCCGUGAGUAGUCAAGAACAGACCAAUGAGAUUCACCCUGUUGCUCCUGAAGCUCAGAGGGUCAGGGGUCAAGUUGGCAUGACUCUCCUAUUGAUAACCUGCUUGAUAGGGAAGGUUCUGUUUCAAUCGACAUAAGCUCUUAGGAGCAUGAGGAGUCGGAAAUGGUGUCAGUUUUUAACUUUUUCAUUCUCCCCUUCUCAGAAAAACCGUAAGCGCAGGAACCGUAAGAAGAAGAACAAGAAGAGGCGUGAGCAGGAGAAGAGGGUGCAGGCUGAGGAGAAGAAAGAGGAGGAUGGAGAGAAGGAGAAGGAGCCUGAGGUGGAGAUAGAGUACGUUACAGAGGAACCGGAGAUCUACGAUCCUAACUUCAUCUUCUUCAAGAGGAUCUUUGAGGCCUUCAAGGUGAGGGCCUCCAUUUUAGAAAUUGGCUGAUUCUUUAUGAAAAAUUUGUCAAAACAUCCUAGAGAUGUGUCCAGUGUUAUUCUUCAUAUUUAUUUAGCGUUUUAAUGGCUGAAUAUGGAAGUAAAAUCGUAACAUUAGGUUGAAUGUACUCACCAGUUCUGAGCGCAGUGGUUUCAAGAACCUCUUAACACACAGGAAAGUGAAAUACUAUUUGUUGUUGUGUUGAUUUAACAAUGGAAUCUGUUUGCGCGUUAGUCAUUUGCUAACAGCUCUAAUUAACUGUGUUUGUGUCCAUCCUUCUGUCAGCUGACUGAUGACGUGAAGAAAGAGCAGGAGAAGGAACCGGAGAAGGAGCCGGCUCCUCUAAUGAAGAAGAAGGGAUUAGUGGAGGAAAGGAAAGACAGUGAUGACAGUGACGAUGUUAGUAUUCACCUCUCCUCUACUUUCUCUCCAUUUCUGCGCUUGGAUGGGAAAAAGUACUUUUCAUACAGGACUGUUUUAUAUGCUGCUUCAUCCUAAUUCUCUACCCUAAUGCCCUAAGUAGUGUGCACUUGUCUACUUCCAUUCGGGGAGGAAAGGUGAAGGAUUGGGACACAGAAAGAGUGUCAUCUUCCAGUGCUCUCUCUUGAAGUGUUGACCUUGGAAGUUAUACUCACUGUCGUUCCUCGUGUGUGUGUGUGUGUGUACAGGAGAUCAGACCAGACGUUCCCAAGAUGUCUAAGAAGAAGCUGAGGAGAAUGAAUAGACUAACUGUAGCUGAACUCAAACAGGUAAUACAUGCACCUGCUUCUUAGAGUUAGACAUUAUGUUUGUGCAUGUGUACACCUGUGUAUUGAUUACGUUGGUGUGGAAGUUGUUCUGUGCCUAACACUUAAUCAUAAAUGCUUGAGUCUAUAUGAGCUGAUUCAGUUGGUGUGGGUGGUCACCGGAGAUGUUUAAAAGGGAAAAAGCGAUUGAUAGAGAUCUGUGUCCGGUAUUGAUUUUGACCCCGUCCUCCUCCAGUUGGUGGCGCGUCCUGACGUGGUGGAGAUGCAUGAUGUGACGGCCCAGGAACCCAAGCUGCUGGUGCACCUGAAGGCCACCAGGAACACGGUGCCUGUCCCCCGACACUGGUGCUUCAAGAGGAAGUACCUCCAGGGCAAGAGGGGUAUCGAGAAGCCCCCCUUCGAGCUGCCAGAGUUCAUCAAGAGGACGGGCAUCCAGGAGAUGAGAGAAGCUUUACAGGAGAAAGUAGGUGGUUCUGUCCAAUAGAGAGGUAGUAGAGAAGCUUUACAUCAGAAGGUAGGUGGUUCUGUCCAAUAGAGAGGUAGUAGAGAAGCUUUACAACAGAAGGUAGGUGGUUCUGUCCAAUAGAGAGGUAGUAGAGAAGCUUUACAUCAGAAGGUAGGUGGUUCUGUCCAAUAGAGAGGUAGUAGAGAAGCUUUACAUCAGAAGGUAGGUGGUUCUGUCCAAUAGAGAGGUAGUAGAGAAGCUUUACAUCAGAAGGUAGAUGGUUCUGUCCAAUAGAGAGGUAGUAGAGAAGCUUUACAUCAGAAAGGUAGGUGGUUCUGUCCAAUAAGAGAGGUAGGUAAGAGAAGCUUUACAACAGAAGGUAGGUGGUUCUGUCCAAUAGAGAGGUAGUAGAGAAGCUUUACAACAGAAGGUAGGUGGUUCUGUCCAAUAGAGAGGUAGUAGAGAAGCUUUACACAGAAGGUAGGUGGUUCUGUCCAAUAGAGAGGUAGUAGAGAAGCUUUACAACAGAAGGUAGGUGGUUCUGUCCAAUAGAGAGGUAGUAGAGAAGCUUUACAUCAGAAGGUAGGUGGUUCUGUCCAAUAGAGAGGUAGUAGAGAAGCUUUACAGGAGAAAGUAGGUGGUUCUGUCCAAUAGAGAGGUAGUAGAGAAGCUUUACAUCAGAAGGUAGGUGGUUCUGUCCAAUAGAGAGGUAGUAGAGAAGCUUUACAUCAGAAGGUAGGUGGUUCUGUCCAUAGAGAGGUAGUAGAGAAGCUUUACAUCAGAAGGUAGGUGGUUCUGUCCAAUAGAGAGGUAGUAGAGAAGCUUUACAGGAGAAAGUAGGUGGUUCUGUCCAAUAGAGAGGUAGUAGAUAAGCUUUACACGAGAAAGUAGGUGGUUCUGUCCAAUAGAGAGGUAGUAGAGAAGCUUUACAACAGAAGGUUAGGUGGUUCUGUCCAAUAGAGAGGUAGUAGAGAAGCUUUACAUCAGAAGGUAGGUGGUUCUGUCCAAUAGAGAGGUAGUAGAGAAGCUUUACAUCAGAAGGUAGGUGGUUCUGUCCAAUAGAGAGGUAGUAGAGAAGCUUUACACAGAAGGAGGUGGUUCUGUCAUAGAGAGUGUAGAAGCUUACACAAGUAGGGUUCUGUCCAAUAGAGAGGUAGUAGAGCCAGAUAGUAGCUGCACUGGCUGCUGGCCAUAGGAGUGGUUCCAACUGGAAAAGGUGGGUGGGAGUAGUAGCACCCUAAAUGGGCACAAGGGGGUGCUGGCUGUUAACACCAUGGUCAACUUCCUGAUAGAUGCUCCAGGCCUUAGUUUUAGGCUAGCAUGAGGAAAAUGACAGUUUUAUAGUAUACAAACAUGGCCUGUGUAUAUUUCUGUUUCACACCAUGUUUACUUCAAGUUUAUUAGAAAACGUCAGUACAUAACAAUUCAAUAUUUGUUACAUAAACAUCUCUCUAAAAUAGACCACUGAAACACUUUGGCAGAAGUCACACUGAAUGCCCUGGUACUCUGCUGACAGGAGGAUGCUAAGACCAUGAAGACCAAGAUGAGGGAGAAGGUGCGUCCCAAGAUGGGCAAGAUCGACAUCGACUACCAGAAGCUCCACGACGCCUUCUUCAAGUGGCAGAUGAAGCCUAAACUCUCCAUCCAUGGUGACCUCUACUACGAGGUAAGGAUGUCUGACAGCUCAUUGGAGGGCUCAACUGUAUACAGCAUCUUACAACAUCAACUCUGCUCCUACUUCCAAGAGCCUGUUGAUUGGUUGGACCUUGAAUGUAAUAGUAGAGCUGCAAUGUGUGGUUGGUUUGGGUUUCCCUCAAUACUUCCUUGUUGUUGGGUCUUGAAUGAACACUCGUGGUAGUCAGUGUACUCUGCUUUGGUGAAUUGGUGUUAGGAAUGAAAUGUUGUUGAUUCUUACAUUCUCUGUUUCUCUCUCUUGCUCUCUCUCUCUCUCUACAGGGUAAAGAGUUUGAGACGAGGCUGAAGGAGAAGAAACCAGGUGAUCUGUCAGAUGAGCUGCGUAUCGCUCUCGGUAUGCCCGUUGGACCGGUGAGUUUUCCUGAUGUUGUUGUAUCCCACUACUAAGGAAGCCUACAAUCCCACUAUCACCUUUAAUAUUAUUGAUAGAUGACUUUCUAAUUAUACUUUAUUUUAUUGAACUAUAAUCAUUUUAUAUUGAUGAUGUUCUAUGAUGUGCUACUGAUGCACCAUGGUCUUGUCCCAUCACUAAAGUUGUUUCCCUCCCGUGUAGAACUCCCACAAGGUUCCCCCUCCCUGGCUGAUCGCCAUGCAGAGAUAUGGCCCCCCUCCCUCCUACCCCAACCUCAAGAUCCCCGGGCUCAACUCACCCAUCCCCGAGGUAAUUCUGACAUAACGCAGACAUAGGGCUCGAUUCAAUCCGUAGCGCUGAAGAGCUGUAAAGGCAAUGUUCCAGAGAACACACGGUAAACGCUGUGUGUGUCGGCUCAAUCGGAUAUUACUUUAACAUUUAAAUCGCGCUACAGCGCAGAUCUUCAGCGCUACGGAUUGAAUCGAGCCCAUACUCUUUAACAAUUUACAAUGUAAUAAAAGUAUUUAUACUGUCAUUCUCACAGACCUGUAACUUCUUCUUUAAGAGGCUCCUCUGUCCUCCACUCGUUACCUGUAUUAAUGGCACCUGUUUGAACUUGUUAUCAGUAUAAAAGACACCUGUCCACAACCUCAAACAGUCACACUCCAAACUCCACUAUGGCCAAGACCAAAGAGCUGUCAAAGGACACCAGAAACAAAAUUGUAGACCUGCACCAGGCUGGGAAGACUGAAUCUGCAAUAGGUAAGCAGCUUGGUUUGAAGAAAUCAACUGUGGGAGCAAUUAUUAGGAAAUGGAAGACAUACAAGACCACUGAUAAUCUCCCUCGAUCUGGGGCUCCACGCAAGAUCUCACCCCGUGGGGUCAAAAUGAUCACAAGAACGGUGAGCAAAAAUCCCAGAACCACACGGGGGGACCUAGUGAAUGACCUGCAGAGAGCUGGGACCAAAGUAAUAAAGCCUACCAUCAGUAACACACUACGCCGCCAGGGACUCAAAUCCUGCAGUGCCAGACGUGUCCCCCUGCUUAAGCCAGUACAUGUCCAGGCCCGUCUGAAGUUUGCUAGAGUGCAUUUGGAUGAUCCAGAAGAGGAUUGGGAGAAUGUCAUAUGAGAUGAAACCAAAAUAUAACUUUUUGGUAAAAACUCAAACUCGUCGUGUUUGGAGGACAAAGAAUGCUGAGUUCACCUACUGUGAAGCAUGGGGGUGGAAACAUCAUGCUUUGGGGCUGUUUUUCUGCAAAGGGACCAGGACGACUGAUCCGUGUAAAGGAAAGAAUGAAUGGGGCCAUGUAUCGUGAGAUUUUGAGUGAAAACCUCCUUCCAUCAGCAAGGGCAUUGAAGAUGAAACGUGGCUGGGUCUUUCAGCAUGACAAUGAUCCCAAACACACCGCCCGGGCCACGAAGCAGUGGCUUCGUAAGAAGCAUUUCAAGGUCCUGGAGUGGCCUAGCCAGUCUCCAGAUCUCAACCCCAUAGAAAAUCUUUGGAGGGAGUUGAAUGUCCGUGUUUCCCAGCGACAGCCCCAAAACAUCACUGCUCUAGAGGAGAUCUGCAUGGAGGAAUGGGCCAAAAUACCAGCAACAGUGUGUGAAAACCUUGUGAAGACUUACAGAAAACGUUUGACCUGUGUCAUUGCCAACAAAGGGUAUAUACUUAUAUUUUUAUACAUAUUGAAAUAUUGUAUACUAUUAUACUAAUAUUACUGUAUUGAAAUGUUUCAGAAUUGUGAAGCUUAUUACACUGAGACCUUUAUUGACUUCCCCCCACCUCUCUCCUGUUCUCUCUCUCUCAGAGCUGUUCGUUUGGUUACCAUGCUGGUGGUUGGGGUAAGCCCCCUGUAGAUGAGACAGGCAAGCCUCUGUACGGUGACGUGUUUGGGACCAACGCAGGAGACUUCCAGGUGAGAUCUUCCUCAUACCCCUGCCUGAUUCCCCUCAUAUUGACCGUACAUCCUUCAUUUACCAUACAACACCACCAUACAUCUUUCCUCCGUACACUCACUACCACACGUUCCUGAAUCUAACACACCAACGGUCUGCUUUGAGCCAAUGGCCUGUUAACUAUUGUCCUAAUGUCUAUAUGUUUCUGUGUGUAGGCUAAGGCGGAGGAGGAGGAGGUGGAUCGUACGCCAUGGGGAGAGCUGGAGCCUUCAGACGAGGAGUCUUCCGAGGAAGAGGAGGAGGAGGAGAGUGAUGAGGAGAAACCAGACGAAACGGGCUUCUUCACACCGGCAGACAGGUAGACAUGUCGUUGACGGACUGUUUUAAACACAUCAAGUUGACAUGGACUUGAAAUGAACCAGUCUCUCUAUUCUGUUGGAUCAAUUAGCCAUUGCUCACGUGUAAGAAAAUACCGGUUGCCAUUUGUAGUGGGUUGAGUGUGUUGUCUUGAAUACAGUGAUCAGUGUUUUAUUAACUCAAAGCCUGUGUGUGUUCCAGUGGUCUGAUCACUCCCGGAGGCUUCUCGUCCGUGCCUGCAGGUAUGGAGACUCCAGAGCUCAUUGAGCUGAGGAAGAAGAAAAUCGAAGAGGCCAUGGACGGGUGAGUGUGUGGCCAAGCAUAGGCCAUUCACUAGUAUUUUGUUUGUGUGUCUUUCUACUGUAUUGUGUGUUUGUGUCUCUUUCUACUGUAUUGUGUGUUUGUGUCUUUCUACUGUAUUGUGUGUUUGUAUCUUUCUACUGUAUUGUGUGUUUGUGUCUUUCUACUGUAUUGUCUGUUUGUAACACCAGUCUCUGUGUGUGUGUAGGAAUGAGACUCCUCAGCUGUUCACGGUGCUCCCAGAGAGGAGGACGGGCUCUGGAGGAGCAGCCAUGAUGGCAUCCACACACAUCUACGACGUAUCAGGGGUAAGGACAACAGCAAAAACACUGUGUUUGGACAAAGUCGCCAUAUCAGAAAUGAACACCGCUUUCAGUACUUAACAUACCAACCACUGGGAUGUAGGCAUGUUAACACUCGAACCCAAAACACAACACAUAGUUAGUCCCUUACUCAUAUAUACUUAGAACAUAUUUCAAAAACAGUCACAUACGUGUAUACACUGGUACUCAACCGCAUGGCCUCUAACUGUGAGCUAGCUGGACCGGUAGACUUCCAGUCUCAACCGCCAUGGCCCGCUAAACUGUGAGCUAGCUGGACCGGUAGAUUUCCAGUCUCAACCGCAUGGCCUCUAACUGUGAGCUAGCUGGACCGGUAGACUUCCAGUCUCAACCGCAUGGCCUCUAACUGUGAGCUAGCUGGACCGGUAGACUUCCAGUCUCAACCGCAUGGCCUCUAACUGUGAGCUAGCUGGACCAGUUAACUCCAUAUGCCAAACUGUCAACUUCUUCAAACUGCACGCAGAGACAUACAAAUGGUAUCAAUGAGUUCAUCUGAUUCUGGGGUAGUAGAAAAUGUAUUGCCAGAAUAUCGCACUAUCCCUUUAAAUACACUUUCAUGGAUGUACACUCAUACACAUCUAUACACCUACAUGAUCUAUACAACUCCCCCGCGCCCCACUUUUGGCCAAAAGCAGUACACUACAGGGAAUAGGGUACUACUUCAGAUGCCCUUCUUUGUAUUCCGUCUGACCCCCUCUCUCUCCUCCUCCUCCCCAGGCCAUGGCAGGUCGUAAGGCGGGCGGAGGCCAGGAGUUCCAGGGGGUAGAGGUGGCUCUGGCCCCGGAGGAGCUGGAGCUGGACCCCAUGGCCAUGACCCAGAAGUACGAGGAGCACGUCAGGAACCAGGAGGCCCAGGUGGAGAAGGAGGACUUCAGCGACAUGGUGGCCGAGCACGCCGCCAAACAGAAGGUGAGACUGAGACACUGUAACUGUUCUGGCCAUUUUGUUACGUUACAAAACAUUUAGCUACGGUGCAAAGCGGUUUUGCUACGGUGUGCACUAAUGAAUACAACCCAGCUCCUUAUGAGUGUUGGGUCUAGUAAUUGAUUACCACAUCACCCUCCUAGUCACAUUUCUACUCCUCCAGUACACUCAUGCUCAGACUAAGAAAGAUAUGACAGUCAGAGAAGGCUAUUCUAGCUGUGACUUGUACUAGACUAGGGAGUAUACACACAGUAAUGAGGAUCUAGAAAGCCCUGAGGUGAAUCUCAAUGAUGUGUUCUUGUAUCUUCAUGUCCCGUCUCCUCGUCUCAACACAUUGCAAGAGAAGGUCAGUGGUUCCUCCCCUCGACCUUCUUCUCCAAUGCGUUUUGAGAAGGAUGCGAAGAAAGAGUCAAGGGAGUACAAUUGAUAUGAACCCCUGGUUAGAUAUUGCUCUAGUUUAGCAUUAGCAUGAAAUGGAUUAUGCCACCAGGGGCCAAGAUGAGGGUAGGAGAAUGUUGCACUGCAUUGGAAAGGCUCUUUCUCUGGUUUUCAGUUCCAUGUGUAGCAGCAUAAAUGAACACUAGAUGGGAAGAUUAGGAUCUGUUUUUAGUAAUUGUAGUUGAGUGAUUUAGUCCUAUUGAAACUUCAUCUGAAUCUUUUAGGAAUGUUCUAUUUAAAAAAAAUCCACUUUCAUAAUAGCUGUUAUUGCAAGGUCUUACUUUUUUAUUUUUGAAAUGUUCUCUCUAAGCUUAUGAAUAUGGCCAUCCUUCUGGGAUAAGUGUUUGAGUGUGAAAGCAGCGUGCACAUGCCUCUCUCCUUCCUCUCACCCUUUUAUCAGCCCUGCAACAUGUUGUGACGGGGUUGGAGCAACUAGGAGUAAUAUGUCACUUUCACUAAGAGGAGUAGAAGGGUGAAAGAACCUCGUACGAUAAUUUUAAGCCUUUUCUUCUCCAUUUCUCUCUUCGUCUCUCACUUUCUCCACCCCACAGCAAAAGAAGAGGAAGGCCCAGCCGCAAGACACGCGAGGCGGUGCCAAGAAAUACAAAGAGUUCAAGUUUUAGACCAACAACAUCACACCAGGAGGAACUGUGAAGAGAGGACAGGCCGAACAAGACGAGAACAGAGCUCAGAUUUUAACGUAGAAGGAACCAGACCGUUUUACUACCACAAAACCAUCCAUUAUUACAGUUUUCUUUUAAUGACAAUGAUAAUACGUGUCUGGCAGGGCUGGGGUCAAUUCCAUUUCAAUUCCAGUCAAUUCAGAAAGUAAACCAAAUUCC